UCACCAAAGCACGUCAACAAGCGAGCACGAAGUCGUUGUUGCAGCUGUUUGCGUGUGUUAUCAAAAUCGAUAUUUUUGUUGCUUAAUACAAUCUAUUCUGUGAGUAUAUUAUUAUUAUGUAUAUAGGUAGGAGUGUAGAAGAAGAGGACGUCGGUGGUCCGAGGUUCCCCAGGGCCCAGUAAGCAAAGCAACGAAAAAUAAAAGCUCUCCCCAGUUCCCACUUCACCCACACACACAUACACACACAUAUUAUACGUAUUUACUAUUUAGUAUUACCGUAUUACGCGCGCGCGCUCGCUUACACUACACAAUACACACACACACAUACGUCGUUCACACUUUAUACGGCACCGAAACAGGAAUCCGUGAUCAUUUCGUGUUACGACGAUCCACUAUUGCUGCUGUCUACUACUUAAACGGUAUUUGAACUUAAUAUCUCUGCUGUAUUUCACCGUCGAACAUGGGGAACGAAAACUCGCUUCCGAUGGAACUGUGCUCAAACUUUGAUGCCGACGAAAUCAGACGUUUGGGCAAACGGUUCCGUAAACUUGAUCUGGAUAACUCCGGUGCUUUGAGCUUAGACGAAUUUCUAUCACUGCCUGAGCUCCAACAAAAUCCACUUGUGCAAAGAGUUAUAGACAUAUUCGACGAAGAUGGCAAUGGUGAAGUAGACUUCAAAGAGUUUAUUCAAGGAGUGUCGCAAUUCAGUGUUAAGGGAGACAAAGAAUCAAAGUUGCGAUUUGCGUUUCGAAUUUAUGACAUGGAUAAUGACGGAUACAUAUCAAAUGGUGAAUUAUUUCAAGUUUUGAAAAUGAUGGUCGGAAAUAAUUUAAAAGAUACUCAGCUUCAGCAAAUUGUGGAUAAAACUAUAUUGUUUGCUGACAAAGAUGAAGAUGGCAAGAUUAAUUUUGAAGAGUUCUGCUCUGUUGUUGGCAACACAGAUAUACACAAAAAGAUGGUUGUUGACGUUUAAAUUGUAAGUUUUAUCUAACUCCAGUCAAUGUUACAGUAACAAAAAAUAAUUCAAGUUUAUAUAUAAUAAUCUCAAUCCCCUUGAAUAUUCAAUUUUUUUAGUAAUCUUCCGGCGUUCUGAUACGCUAUUAAUCUUUGUUACAGACAAUUUUUUCUCAAAAUUAUUGCUUUUUCCUUUAAACUUAGCACUGUUUACCUUCCAUCUUUCUCGAGCUUGUAUACUACAUACAAACAUAAACACAAAUAUACAUAUUUAAUAUUUAUAUAUAUA